AUGACUACUUUAACGAUCUCUUGCAAACCGCUCACGAAGUCAGCCGAGUCCCAAGUGGACUUUGGGGCUGAGCUCCAUGGCCUGAACAUGGAAGAGUUGACUGAUGAUGAUUUUGCCAUACUACACAAAGCCUUGUAUGAGCAUCAAGUUGUUGUGGUCAAAAACCAGCAGAAUCUCUCCCCGAAGGCGCAGUACGAGCUCACGCGACGAUUCGAUCCCUCCGCUGGAGUUUACAGUCAUGGGAAGUCUAUUGACAAGCGGAGCGUUCUUCAUCGUGAUCUGACCACAAUUCCUCGUCAACCACAAGUCCAAGUCAUUGGUCAUGGUUUUGUCAAGGAAUACGAAGGGCUAACCAACCUCCAAUUGAGACACCCUCAUCAUAAAGCCUUCCACAAACACCCCAUUCCAGAGGAUGAGGAUGAGGGUUUCACCCACUUCUACCGGUGGCACAUUGACUCUGCAAUGUAUGAUCUUGAUCCUCCACUUGCGACAUCUCUCCUGGCUGUGCAAGUACCCAAGGGACGGCGCCAGAUCUGUCGCUAUGAUGAUGAGUCGGGGACCAAACUUGACGUACCUCUCGGAACGACUGCCUUUUUCAGUGGGUACCGUCUCUUCGAGCUGCUAUCAGAGGAAGAGAAGCAUUUUGUUCGCACCAGCAAAGUCGAAUAUGCUCCCCACCCAUACAUCUGGAUGAGCAAGGCCAAGUCCCGCUCCAACGGUCUUGGUAUCGUCUCUGAAGGUCUGGAGUUGUCGGAGGAAGAGCUACCUCCCUUUGAGGACGAGAAAGUCAAGAUAUAUCCAAUGGCAUGGAAGAACCCCGUUACCGGAAGACUGGCGAUGAUGGUCUAUCCUACUUGUGUCCGAAAGAUUCACCUUGAAGAUGGAAGCAUCUUGGAUAAUCUUUCCGAAAUCCGGGAACGGCUGUACCGACUGCAAAGGCGUGCGAUUGAUCCCCAGUAUGUUUAUACACACGAUUGGGAAGAGGGUGAUCUCGUUCUUUUCAAUAACCACGGGGUUAUGCAUUCAAUUGUCGGUUCUUUCAAGGAUGGUGUUGAAGUGAGGUUGUUUAGGCAGUGCAAUAUGGCGGGAAGUCGCCCACCAUUGGGUCCUGAGGAUAUUUUGUGA